GCUGCGCGCCUUGUGACUUAGAAUUUAGUCGCCUGCGGUCACCGAGGUAGCGAUGGCUGCCGUUCUGCAGCGCAUCGAGCAGCUGUCCAGUCGAGUGGUGCGCGUGUUGGGCUGUAACCCGGGUCCCAUGACCCUACAAGGCACCAACACGUACCUGGUGGGGACCGGCAGCAGGAGAAUCCUCAUUGACACUGGAGAACCAUCAGUUCCAGAAUAUAUCAGCUGCUUAAAGCAAGCCUUGGUGGAGUUUGACACAGCAAUCCAGGAAAUCCUGGUGACUCACUGGCAUUCCGAUCAUUCUGGAGGCAUAGUAGACAUUUGUAAAAACAUCAGUAAUGAUGCCACCUAUUGUAUUAAAAAACUUCAACGGAGUCCUCAGAGAGAAGAAAUUAUAGGAAAUGGAGAACAGCGAUAUGUAUAUAUAGAAAAUGGAGACGUGAUUAAGACUGAGGGAGCCACUCUCAGAGUUUUAUAUACUCCUGGCCACACUGACGAUCACAUGGCUUUACUCCUGGAAGAGGAAAAUGCCAUCUUUUCUGGGGAUUGCAUCCUAGGAGAAGGGACAACGGUAUUUGAAGACCUCUAUGAUUAUAUGAACUCCCUAAAAGACUUACUCAAAGUCAAAGCUGACAUCAUAUAUCCAGGACACGGCCCAGUAAUCCAUAAUGCUGAAGCUAAAAUUCUGGAAUAUAUUUCUCACAGAAACAACCGAGAAGAACAAAUUAUUACAUUAUUUCGUGAUAACUUUGAGAAAUCCUUUACAGUGACUGAACUUACGAAAAUGAUUUACAAGAAUGUUCCAGAGAAUUUACAUAAGAUGGCAGAACGUAAUCUCUUGCUUCAUUUGAAAAAACUAGAGAAAGAUGGGAAGAUAUUUUACACCACAAGUCCUGACAAGAAAUGGAAAGCUGUCCUUUAGUUUCAGAUCAAUGAAGUUCUGUCUUGUUUUGCUUUUAGAAGAUGGUAUUUUCUUUUAGCUAUAGAUUAUAUAUUUAUAGAAAAUAUCAAAUGUGCAACUUUGAAAUAACCGUUGAUACCUUUGUAAAAUAUGUAAAUUACAUUUUAUAUCUGUAGGACAGGUUACUGAUCUAAAACUUUGGUCUUGGAAGGUUUUGCCAGAAAUUCAGAAUCUAGCAUUUCAUCAACUUCCUGUGGAUUAAGUAAAGUGGCUACUUAAGAAUAAUAAAUUUUGAACAAUUCAAACCA